AUGUCAUUACCACUAACCACCACCCAUCACCACCGACCACCACCACCCAUCACCAGCACCCGCCUCCACUACUCAUCACCAACACCCACCUCCACCACCCCCACCACCACCAACCAUCACCACCGACCUCCGCCCAUCACCACCACCCAACUUCACCACCCAUCACAACCACCCACCACUACCACCCCACCCAUCACCCACCAAAACCACCAUACACCAUCACCACCCUCACCACCAACCACCACCCCCACCCACCACCUAUCACCUUCACCCGUCUCCACCACCCAUCACCAUCGCUCGCCACCACCACCCACCCACUAUAAUCACCACCCCACAUGUCACCCCCACCACCCUUCACCACCAUCACCACCAAACAUCACUACAUACUAG